GAGGCUGCGUAACCAUGACAGCCGUGUUAUUGUUGUUGGUGGUGAAAAUCCUCUGAAGUGGCUACGCUAACGUUACACACUGAGUUAUUUUAAGAUAUUAACCGGAUCGGUGGGCGGCUUCUCGACGACACAAGAUGUCAGUUGACUGUAGCAAGGUUAUAAUAGCAGGAGAUGUGUUUUGAGGAAAUAUACAGUGCUGUUUGUGCCUUCUUGAUACUGCAUCUGUCCGUCCAUGUAACCCAUUUUUAGCUGCUGAAACAACGUUAGCAUCUGUAGCCAAAAGACUGUCCGGUAAUCUUGUACACCGGGUGCUUUUCUGUGGAUCGGAGGAAAUGUCAGACUCCUAUUUAAACUGCGAGUUCAGGACGUGGAUGCAAGAAUGAGAGACGAAGGCUUGAGUCUAUAAAAACGGAGACAAAGGAGGAUGAUUUCACGAUACAACAGAAGACCUGUAUCACAUAAACUAGAGAUUCGCGGGUUGUCUCGAAGUAGCCUGGACCACCACCCUCUCCCAGAAGAAGCAGACGAUACCCAAACGCCUCAUCGCUACCUCCAUGACCUGCAAGAAGCUGUCUCCAUUCACAACAGUUCAGAGACGUCUGCUGCCUCAGGCCACUCUGACUGUCCCACCGUCAUCUCAGUAGACUCCAACCAGUCCUGGUCAGGUAUCCACAGCUCCACAGGCACUGGCAUCUCCACAGAGAGGAGCUCUGUAUUCUCCUGGGGCUACGAUGAGUUCGACAAGGCGGCGUCACGGCAGGUACAGCAAAUGUUUGAGGAGAUCGACAAAGAGCUGUAUGAGGGGAAAGGCAGCGGGGGAGGGAUACUCCAGGGACUGCAGGAUGAAUGUCAGCAGUGGGCCACACGGUUCCCACAUCUUCGCAUCCUGGGGACUCAGCUGGUCUGUCCCAGUGAUGAGGGCUUCCAGUGGUAUGCUACCUCAGGGAAGGGCAGCUCGACCAGCAGCCCAUCAGCAGGCAAAGAGAGCAGUGUGAAGUCCCAGGAGAAAGACCAAGGCUGCACGGAGUUGAAUGUGCAAGGCAGGAGAGCGGCGCUGAUCAAGUCCUCGUCACCAGAGUUGGACGGGCCUCCUGGCACCUCCAGUGGCUCCAGCAGUCAUGACAAGCCGAGAAUGAUUGAAGUAGAAGGUCAGAUGGAGGAAUACCUGGCUUUUGAUAGCAGGGACCUGGAAGAUGAGUGGGAGCAAGAUUGUUCAGAAUCAGGUCGGAGGCAUCACUGCAUGCCCCCUGUCUCGCCAUACCGUUGUCGCCGUCAGGCUGUCCUCGACCUGUUGUUCGAUGACGUGUGGCGGCAGCUGGUUGGCUGGAUGAAAGAGCUGGUCCAACGCCAUUGGGAAUGCUGCACUUCAACAGAUGAUGAAAAGAUUUCUGGGAAUUUGAGCCCCGUGCAGCAAGACUCCCAGAAUCCCUUCAUGCUGUUCUCCACACUGCCUACCAUGCUGCCCAAACUUGGCCAGAGCAGGGUGCCCCCGCUCACAGCUGGCCUACAGUUCCAGAACACAAAGUCAAGGGGCUCAAAGCACAAGUCCAGACGGAAAUCCAAAAAGCAGAAAAGGCCGUCCACUGCUGGACGGGUCCCAGUAGGAGCAGCAGCGACCCAGCACAACCUGAACGACCUCAUCAUGAUCCACAGCAUCCCCCUACAGCAGAGAAACCUGGGUGUUCUGGAUAGAAACCAGGAGCCAGAAGAGCGGGCGUCCCACAGACCAGGCUCCAGCGUGGUCCCCUCCAGCAAACCUCGCCCUCGCCGAGCCCUGGAGCAGAGCUCUUCAUCACUGUCCCGACCGGCCCAGUCAGCUCGACGCAGAAACCCUCCUCCCCGAACCCUCCUGCCACUGGUUCCUGGCUUGAGUCAGUCCAGCGCAGCGGUAUCCAUGGAUGAGGUCAUCCGGGGGACGCGUCUAGCCACGGCCAGCGACCGCCUGACGUCUCCACUGUUGCCUCUCAGCAGGAACACACUCCUUCCCCCCAUCAGCACUGGAGACCCAGAGUCGUCCCACUCAGGGCAGCAGUCCAAACCUGCACAGCGUCAGAAAGGCCCGUCUAGCCGUGCCCACAGCGCUAUUAAUGAUGAAGCCGGCAGUUCAAUACCAAGGGAUCGUCACCACGUACUGGACGUCUUCUCUCGCCCCAACACCACUCACACAUACAGGUCGGACACCCCUUACCGCCGCUCCUUCACAGUAUUGGACAACAUCGGGCAGGGGAGGCCAGGAAGAGCCUCUGUGGGCACAGAUUCUCUUGGAAUCGGUGUGACCGGCAUCAGUCUUGGCAUCAGCAGCUCAUCUUUCUUGGACUCGUUUUCCCACCACCCCCUGGGCCACUCGCCCAUCAAAGACGAAGAGGAGCCAGACCCACAAGCCCCUGUUGCAGCUCCACUGGUGCCUGUUUCGGGGGUUCCACCUCGGUCUUACACGCGGGGAGGCAUCUCAUCCAGAGCUGGCAGACCUGGCUUGUAGUUCUCCCCGCACCCUUCAGCCAUUCAUCUUCAUACAGCACAAUGAAGUGCAACACUCCGCAGCAUCUGUGCCCACUUAACAAGUUUUUGUUUUGACAGAGGUAGCAGAAUUGUUUCAUAUUAUAGCUGCUUUGCUGAAUUUAUUUACAAAGUUUUUGUAUCAGGCCUAUUUUUGUAUCUCAGAAAUCAGCUUAUGUGGCUGCCAAACACAAAUAACUGUUGACACGAACUAUCCAUCUUCAUGUACAGUGAGAGGUGUAUGUGUGGAUAUUUGUACUCAGUAUGUAUGAUUUGAAUGUGUAUAUAUCUAUUUAUAUGUGAAUGUACUGUAUAUUCUCCUCUGCAGUGUGUUGUACUGGUAAAUGACUAUGCAGGGAACAACACAUCCACCCAGACAGGGACAGAGAGGAUAAAAAGCACUUUUUCUCCUCUGAUACAACAUCAGAGUUUGGUACUGUAUCUUUUAUAAGGACACAAUUUUCAACGGGCCUGUUAAAAAAAAACAACUAAAUGGACCCAGAGCUUUUCAUUGCAUAUCGUUGCACACAGAGACAAGAAUGAGAUGCCACCUUGAAAGUUUUUGCCUUUCUCAGCAUUACAUCUCAGUUGAAACCAUAUGAAUCAGAAGAGCACUGACAGAACAUCUCUACAGUCCACCUCAUUUAUAAGAUAAUGUAGAAAUACAAGAGGUAGUUGUAGAAAACGAUGUGUUUGUAAAUAAUUUAUUCGUCAUGUCUGUACAAGAUACUGUAUUUGAUGUGAAUUUUUUGCAUUAUUACCUGUGCAAAGCCAAAUAGGAAUGCUUUGUCAGGUAACAUCAGGGUAACUGCACAAAGGGUGGUUUUCCCUUCAUUUGUUGUUGAAAUAAUCAGAUAGCCAUGCUACAAAGGUGACAAAGCUUGAAAAUCAAAGUUUUUCUCUCUUCAAUGUAUUUUCUAUUUUAUACUAAAUAAAAAAAUAUGUACAGAUUACAUAUAUAAAUAUGAA